UGUUCAUAGACCUGUUCAAAGCCGCAUCAUAUCCACAGUAAUGCUACAAAAAAAUAGUGUACUUUAAUUUCGUACGUUUAACGUGAUAAAAUGAAACAACAAAAAAGUCAUAAACUCUCUCGUGACAAGUAGGCCUCCUCUGUAACUGAAAUGGAGGGAUAUAUUUAGGCAAAAUAUGUCCCGGCGAUGUCUUCUAGGCGUCACGUGUGUUUGCACGUGACUCACUAACCCGGAAAUAGAUUGUCUGACUGGGUGUGUUGAUGUCAGGACAAAACGUGUGUUUACUUAUUUUAUUGUGGCUUUCGUUGUUUUGACACCGUAAAGGGGCAAAGCAGAGAGGUCCGUCCUUCGCCGGCGUUGUAAAGUAUGGACAAAGACAAGAGCAGCGAUAAUCAUGCACAGUGCUCCUGGAUGGAGAUGCACCAGUACAUCAGUGAUCUGCUCUCAUCUGGAAACCAGUCCAAAAACUCGCCAGAUGUGAGAAACGCGGCAUGGGGGACGACAGCUGUGGCUGUUGCUGCUGGUGCGCCUUUCGGACUCAAAGCGUCCUCGCUGCAACCCCUUCAGCCUCUGCAGACAGUCCAGGAGAGGAGAGAGGCAGCCCCGGGCAGACCGGUCCAUGCGGGGGCAACACACAGGAGGGGAGAGGCCAGAGACAGAGCAGAAGGUUUGGAUGAGCAUCAUGCCUGCACCUGCCCCGGCUGUCCUUUCUUUAGCGCCUCAUCCUCCUUUGAAACUUUAGCAUCCCGACAGUCGCUGUCCUCAUCUCUAUUAGCUCAAGCUUCAUGCCAGCCCAAAGACCUGAGCAUGAACCUGUGCUCUCCAGACACCACCGGCGCCGCGACGGAGCAGGAGUCCAGGCCGUCCGACCGACCACAGACCAACGAUGCGGACAGAGGGACCCGGAGCCAGAACCAAAACCUCGACACUCCCUUAAGACCCUCAGCAGGCUCUUUGGCUCCUCUCUCCAUGUUUCCCUGCUUCUGUUGCCACCGAGGAGUACAAACCUGCGCUCACCUCAUGAACAGUCAGGAAAGCGCCGACUCCCCCUUUUCCCACACCCACGCCCACCAUCACUUCCAUCACCACCACUGCCCCAUAUCGUCGUGCGUUCCCUGCCCUCAGCUGGCCCACUCUGCACAGCUGUCUGCUGCCAUUCCCUGCCUGUCCUGCCGAUGCUCGCUUCCCACCUGUCCUCAGGUCUGCCGCCAUCAGCACAGAGAAGCCCAGCAGCAGCAAGAGGAACGAGGAAGACCCCUUCUGUCUCUGCAUCCCUGCAUGCACUGCCCCGCCUCCUUUUCCAGACCCUCUCAGCUGCUGCAGCACCAGCGCUCUGAGCACGCCCAUAAGCAGCCAGGCUUCCUCUGCACGGAGUGCGGCCGAGCCUUCAACUCGCACAGCAACCUCCGCAUUCACCUGAACGUGCACACCGGCGCCCGGCCCUACUCCUGCACUGACUGCGGGAAGAGUUUCAGCCAGUCAGGAGCUCUGAAGAUCCACAAGAGGAUUCACACAGGUGAAAGACCGUAUUCCUGUGACUUUUGCGGCAGGGGGUUUCCCCAUCUGGCGGGGGUGCGGGCCCACCUGCGGACUCACACAGGGGAGAAGCCCUACAGCUGUUCCCUGUGUGGGAAAUGCUUCACCCAGUCAGGGGCUCUUAAGAUCCACACCCGCAUCCACACAGGAGAGAGGCCCUUCGUCUGCAGCCUCUGUGGGAGGGGCUUUUCCAAUCGCUCCGGGAUCCGCUUCCACUAUCGCACAGUCCACUGCCUGUCAGCUGAAUACGACGGGGAGGCGAGACCCAAACCAACGGGAUGCUCUCCGGGCCGUCCAAGAACUCUGCCUUCGACCAGCGGUGGGCCUGUGACAGACAGGGCUUCAGCUUCAGAUCCUCUCAGUUCCACAGAACUGAUCCCUACUAACCAUGGGAGGAUCCCAACUAGUGGAAAUGAGAGCAGGUCACCAGCAGAAGGAGCGGGCAGCAGCAGAGAGGAGUUGCCCUAUGCCUGCGAGGAUUGCGGACUGCGUUUUAAAGACGCCCCGACCAGGAAUCGACAUCAGACCCUGGCGCACUACUCGCACGACGGCCGGGUUGAGGAGGAGAAUCGGGCACAAAGGAGUGAAAAUGUUCAGAAUCAAAACGAAUGAAAGCAUAUUAAUGUUGGUGUCGGUGCCUUGCAAAAGUAUUGACAUUCCUUGAAGUUUUUCCCAAUUUUGCCAAAUUACAACCACAUAAUUCAGUGUUUUUUGGGGGGGAUUUUGUCUUAAAGGCCAACCCAAAUUGUUGCAUGAAAAGAAAGUGAAGGUAAAUGGAUAUAUCCAUCCAUCCAUCCUUUCAUCCAUUUUCUUACACCCUUUUGCCUUUGGUGUCGGGCGGGUGCUGGUGCCUAUCUCCAGCUGUCAACAGGCGAGAGGCGGGUUACACCCGCAAGUUCAUCGCAGGUAAAUGGAUAUAUAAUUUACAAAAUCUUUUACAAAUAAUCUGAAGUGUGAAAACCAUUUCUAUGCAGCUACCAGAGUUACUACUUUGAAGAACUUCUUUUCUCUCUCAUUACAGCUGCAGGUCUGUCUCUACUAGCUUUGCACAUGAAGACACUGGAUUACUGGUAAUUGUUAUUUGUUUCAGUUUAGUCAGAUUGGACGUAGAGCCUCUGCAAUCAUCUACUUUCAUCUAGAAACCUAAUUACGAAUUAUAUUUAGAGCUGGACUUUGACUGAGCCAUUGAAUCUGGUUUGAUUUAAAUUAUUCAUUUGUAGCUCUGGCUGUAUAUUUUGGGUGAUUGUCCUCCAUGAAGGUAAAGUCAUCUGCAGCCUCCAUCUAGCUUUCCAUGGUUUCUGACCGAUGCUGAAGUGAACAUCACAGCAUGAUACUGCUGCUGCCAUGUCUCACUGAUGGAGUGUUCUGGACAAUGUGAUGUUACAAAUCACCAUACGUAGUAUUUCACAUGUAGUCAGAAAGAUUCAUUUUGGUCUCCUUUCUUCUUCCACUUCUUCCAUAUGCCUGCCUCCCUUCAUGGCUUUAUUUACUAAUUAGGUGACUGCAAAAGGCAGAUAGCACUUGAUUUUAUUUGAGGGUCACAGGGUGUCCGUACAUCCUUAAAAAGUCGUAAAUUAAUGGAUCUAAAAUUAAGGCUUUAAAAUGUCUUAAUCUAUUAAAACAAUUCAAGUUGGCCUUAAAGACGUAUUGAAUUUUGUCGUGGCAGGACUAUUUAAUCUGCUUUAGUUAGUAAAGUUAGUUAGUAUUUAGUUUUUCCUCGCGGGGCUUUACGUCAGUCAACAGUAGCGCGCAUUACGUUCUGUGACUCGAAGCUAAUCAGGCUACAGCUAACAAGCCGCUACUUGCAGCUCAUUAGUAUAAGAUAGCUAACUAGUUGGUUAGCUAGCUUUUUUCCGUCUGUCAUGGGUAAAUGCACAUUUAUCGGCAGUUCGUCAAGCACCAGAUUUACCUAUUAAGAAUUGUAUUUCAAAAGAAGUUGCUGCUGUAGAGGGAAAUACUGUUGACAAGGAGAGCAGGAACUACGGAAGCCGAAUGACGUAAGAAAAAAGAUGAAAGGGAAUUUAUUUUGUUAAAAAUGCUAAACCGUGCACAAUGUCCACUUCACAAUUAUGUGCUAUUAAGCGUUGGUCGCUCACAUAAACCCCCAAUAAAGCACGUUAAAGGCUUUAUUGAGUUCUGCUCUUGACAAGGUAUCAAAAGGUGUGGACACUUUUGCACGGCUCUGCACCGACAGGACACAGCAGCGAAAUCUGUCGACUGUUUUGAAGUUGUUUUGUGGUUUGUUUCAUUCAUUGCUAUGUGGAAGUACGGUAAGUUGCCCAUUUUAUUUUAUUUUAUCACAUAGAUCAUUUAAACAACGAGGCAGACUUGACUGACUAGUGUUGUUGUGUGGCGCCAUUUCAGGUUCAGGACCAUCUCUACCAGUAAAAAAA